AAACGGCAGUAGUGACCUUAGUGACAGACAGCCAGCUAACCCAUUGAUCGAAAUAUAAGCAGAGAGCCUUUUUAGCGCGACUUCAACCCUUCAAAGCAACAAUUGCGACAUGUCCCAAGAGAGGUUUCCUGCCGCGUCUAAAAGGAGCUCUGUUGAUAGUGUAAAACAAAUGGUCACUGGCUGUCCAGGAAAAACUCCAAUUCAGAUUCUUCAUGAAUAUGGCACAAAGACGGGUAAAAUGCCUGUUUAUGCUAUGGAAAAGGAGGAGGGAGACGCCCACCUCCCAACUUUCAUUUUCAGUGUAACAGUGGGAUGUAUUACCUGCACAGGUCAAGGAAACAGUAAGAAGGCAGCAAAACAUACCGCUGCUGAAGCAGCUCUGAACAUUUUAAAAGAAGUCCCUGAUGGUGAUGGCCAUUCCUUGCCAAGGACUGAAGAUUGUAUCAUAGCCAAACACCCUCAAAAUCAAACAAAUUCUAUAGGAGUCUUACAGGAAAUGUCCGUGCAUAAAGGGUGGAGACUCCCAGAAUACUCUGUUUCUGUGGAAGCUGGCCCCCCUCACAAGAAAGAGUUCACAGUGACUUGCAAGGUAGAGGCAUUUACAGAAAUGGGGACUGGAAGCUCCAAAAAGGUAGCUAAAAGGAUUGCAGCUGAAAAGAUGCUUGCAAAACUUCAGAGUUUGUCAGAGAGUUGUGUCAUCUCCAUGAUGCCUAAGACAACAGGUUUCAGGUUGGAGUCUCUGCGGAAUUCUUCUGCAGAAAAAAUCACUAUGUUGAAAAGAAAUCCCCUGAGCAUUCCCAACACAGACUAUGUGCAGAUGAUGGCAGAUUUGUGUGAAGAGCAAGGUUUUGAGAUCACAUACCUUAAUAUAGAUGAGCUGACGGUGAACGGGCAGUACCAGUGUUUGGCAGAGCUUGCCACCUCUCCGGUAAUUGUGUGUCAUGGCACUGGAAUCACCUGUGGCAAUGCACACAACGACGCAGCACACAGUGCACUGCAGUACGUCAAAAUUGUGGCCGGGACUAACUAAGCUAUUACGUUUUCAUUCAGUCACAAUAAGUGUUCCAGGUGGGUUGGAAAUAAAAUACUGAAUAUGGAAAUGUAAUCGGGGAUUAUUGAAACAUUUAAAAGGACUUGUUUACAAUUUUAUGAAGAAAACAUCUCCCAUUUAAGAAGCAGUGGAAAUGUGAACUGCACAUCUCCUUAGUGUUUUGCAGAAGUGAUUUUAAUUGCAGUGAUUUCUUUCUUUGCUUUGAGUAGGUCAAGGACUUUUAACAUGUAUGCCAAUACUGUCCCCCAUUAAACUACAACUAUUUCACACAAAAAAGAGUGAGAGUAACGGAAAGCGGAGCCUUUUAGCAAAUGUCUAUCCCUUUUCACCAAAUAAAAGAAAAUGGUGCUUCUAUAAUCCUGUCAUAUGAAAUUGUGUCAAGGAGAACAAUGCCAUAGUGUGUACCUUUGCUUUUUGUUAUUGAAUCAGUUUGUAGCCUCUCCCAUAUUUUUAACAAUCAAAUAUAACCAAAGGUGCCAAAGGAUUUGUAAAGGAAAGCCAUAGCCUGAUGCAUUCUGGGAAUUGCAAGCAGCUACUGAGAGCAAUGAAAAAAAACACCUGCUAGAAGCACAAAACAUGUCUUUUGCAAAGCUGUGUAGCAAGCCGAUUUGAAACGUAUUUUGUUGGCUGGUUCCUGGUCUGGCUGAUGCAACUGACAUAUGCCUGAUAUUUAAGUAAUAGCACAGCAUUGAUACUUGUUGUGUUUUUGUACUCUCAUUUUAACUUCCUUUUGCACAGAAUGGAAAAGAGUUCUGUUUUGUAUCUUAGCUUUUUAUUCUGGUGGGUGCUGGUUUGGAUUUAAACUUGGACACAGCCUUGAGUCCACCUGCUGGUAACCUAAAGUUAGGUUAUCUUGGCCUUUUGUUAAGCAGUCCAGCAGUGAAACUUGAAAAGCAUUUAAUCACAGAAGCUCAAACAAGAGGAACAAGAGGAAAUUUAUUUAAAAAUUGAAAAAUGAAUGCUUUUUAAGUCAUUUCCUUUGACAGUUUAACCAGGAUCCUACUUGCCUCCUAUUCCAUUUUUAAGGUAAUGCCAAUUUAAACUGGAAAAAUAUAUUAAGGAUUAUAUCAGAGUGCAUAACUAAAGGCCAUAUACAGCACAGACUGCUUUAAUUGUUGUGUACCAAGGAAGCAGCACACCACAGGAUGAAAAAGUUAAAUUAAAUUGAUGUUUCUUUGUAGAAACGGACAUAAUUUUAGUGGGAUAAUAUUUUCAGUCUAUCCUUGGAAAACAAACAAAAAAAAUGUGUUAACUGUGAAUGCAGAAUUUAGUGUUUGAGAUUAUUUUCAUUUGACAGGCGUUAAGAGUGUGAAAUGUAGUAAGAUUACAGCCUUUGUUUAUCAGACAAUAUUAAGAUCUCUUUUCUUGUAUGUAACUAUUCAUUUGUCUAUCAGUUUAUUACACCCUGUUGGGGCAUUUUGAAAUAAAAAGAUGCUGAGCAGGACAUUUUAA